AUGGCCAUCAGUCGCAUGCCGGAGGGUGUGGAAACCAACGGUAACAUAAAGCCGGCAUCAGGUCCAAGAAAGAAGGUGGUGGUUGUCGGCUUGGGAAUGGUCGGCAUAGCCUUUGUGGAGAAGCUGCUGAAACUUGAUGCCAAGAGGAAAGAAUAUGAUGUCGUAGUCAUCGGCGAGGAGCCUCAUCUCGCAUACAACCGCGUCGGAUUAACAAGCUUCUUUCAGCACAGACAAGUCGAGUCGCUUUACCUGAAUCCAGAGGCUUGGUAUAAAGGGCAUCCCCCGGACUCUUUCAGCUACCAUUUGAAUACCCUGGUGACAGAAAUCAAGCCGGGAGAGAAGGUUGUCGUAACCGCCAAAGGUGACACAAUACCUUAUGACAUCUUAGUACUGGCCACGGGGUCUGAUGCCGUGCUUCCACGCCAUACCCCCGGCCAUGAUGCCAAAGGAGUAUUUGUAUACAGAACUAUUGAGGAUCUCCAGAAACUCAUCUCAUUCUCUGCAACCGUCAAGGGUACAACAGGAUGCGUCGUGGGUGGCGGGCUCCUAGGUCUCGAAGCAGCAAAAGCCAUGAUGGAUCUGGAGGAAUUCAAGCAAGUCAAACUCAUCGAAAGGAACAGAUGGGUGCUGUCGCGGCAGCUAGAUGGAGAUGCUGGUUCAAUGGUCGUUGAGCUCGUCCGCAGCCUUGGCCUCGACGUGAUGCUUAGCAAGAGGGUCGGAAAAAUCCUGACCAACGAGGACAACGCUGUGAAGGGUCUCAUCUUCGAGGAUGGCGAGGAAAUGGAGUGUUCUUGUAUCAUGUUCGCGAUUGGCAUCAAAGCCAGAGAUGAGCUGGCGAGGGCUGCUGGUCUGAGAUGCGCCGAUCGAGGCGGAGGUGUCGUAAUCGACAACGACCUCCGGACGAGCGACCCAAACAUCUACGCAAUUGGCGAAUGUGCAAGCUGGGAAAAUCAAACGUUUGGGCUUAUUGCACCAGGCGUGGAACAAGCCGACGUUCUGUCAUUCAAUCUCACCCAAGCCAAGGUCCACAGCCCUCGGACUUUCAAACGACCAGAUUUGAGCACCAAGUUGAAGUUGCUGGGCGUAGAAGUCGCUAGUUUCGGAGACUUCUUCGCCGACAGGGAUGGACCGAAGGAUCUCCCCAAAAGGCACGGCAAACGGGAGGAGAAAAAAGAAGGUACUCAAAGUCAAGACAAAGUCAAGAACCUCACUGAUGGCCCACCGCCUCCAGCUGUCAAGGCGCUCACCUACAGAGACCCCUUUGCAGCCGUGUACAAGAAAUAUCUGUUUACCAUGGACGGCAAGUACCUGCUUGGUGGCAUGAUGAUCGGCGACACGAAAGACUAUGUCAAACUGGUGCCAAUGGUCAAGAACAAGAAGGCACUGGAAGUGCCUCCCUCUCAAUUCAUCAUCGGUGCAUCGAAGGACGGUGAAGAGAACGCCGAUGACCUGACGGACGAUACCCAAAUCUGCUCCUGCCACAACGUGACCAAAGGCGACGUCGCCAGCGUGGUCAAGGACGGCUCCUGCAAAUCGAUUGGCGACGUCAAGUCGUGCACCAAGGCUGGCACGGGUUGCGGCGGUUGCAUGCCUCUAGUCCAGUCUAUUUUCAACAAGACGAUGCAGGACAUGGGUCAAGAAGUCUUGAACCAUAUUUGCCCUCACUUCAAGUACUCGCGAGCUGACCUCUACAACAUUGUCUACGUCAAGAAAUUGAAAGAUUUCGGUGCGGUCAUGAGAGACAGCGGCACCGACCCGAACAGUCUCGGAUGUGAGGUCUGCAAGCCCGCCGUUGCGUCGAUUCUCUCCGGCAUGUUCAACAAGCACGUCAUGGACAAGCCACUGCACGGACUCCAGGAUACCAACGACAAGUACCUCGGAAACAUACAGCGUAACGGAACGUUCUCUGUCAUACCUCGCGUUGCCGGCGGUGAGAUCAGUCCCGAAAAACUCAUCGUCAUCGGCCAAGUUGCGAAGAAAUACGGCCUCUAUACCAAGAUCACUGGUGGCCAACGCAUCGACAUGUUCGGUGCCAAGAAGCAGGAUCUGCUUGACAUCUGGUCGGAGCUGGUGGCCGGAGGACUCGAGUCAGGCCAUGCCUAUGCUAAGUCUCUCCGCACUGUCAAGUCGUGUGUGGGCACCACCUGGUGCCGCUUCGGCAUCGGAGACUCCGUUGGUCUCGCUAUCCGGCUCGAAGAGAGAUACAAGUCUAUUCGAUCUCCACACAAGAUAAAAGGAGGUGUCUCUGGAUGUGUCCGCGAAUGUGCCGAAGCCCAAAAUAAAGAUUUCGGCUGCAUUGCUACGGAGAAAGGGUUCAACAUCUUCGUUGGAGGUAAUGGCGGGGCAACGCCGAGACACUCGGAGAUCCUCGCCAAAGAUGUACCUCCCGACGAUGUCAUCCCCAUCCUUGACCGAUACCUAAUGUUCUACAUCCGGACCGCCGACAGACUUCAAAGAACGGCCAGAUGGGUAGAGAACCUGCCUGGUGGUAUCCAGUAUCUGCGAGAGGUCAUUUUAGAGGACAAGCUCGGUAUUUGUGCAGAGCUUGAGAAGCAAAUGCAAGAGCUUGUCGGCACCUUCUUCUGCGAGUGGACAGAAGUGCUGAACGAUCCCGAGAAGCGGAAGGCGUUCCAGCAAUUCGCAAACACAGCAGAAAACAAAGAACCUGCCGUGGAGAAGGUCGAGGAGAGAGGCCAGUCCAGACCAGCGUAUUGGGCCAAAGAUCCAGUGCACGAUGACUUCAAAGGGACUCGAUGGACCAGCCUGACAUGGCAACCCAUCGUUGAGGCGAACAAGUUCCAAGACCUGGACACUGGCUCGUCACAGACCGUGAUACGGGGUGAUACCCAACUCGCGAUCUUCAAAUUGAAGGGCAAAUACUACGCCAGUCAGCAAAUGUGCCCCCACCGCCGAACAUUUGGACUUUCGGAUGGCCUUGUGGGUGAAGUCACUUCGGGUGACUGCAAGGACAGCAAGUUCUACGUCAGCUGCCCAUACCACAAGAGGAACUUCCAGCUGAAUGGUGAAGUCGAGUUUGACAAGAAGGAUGCGGGUGCCGGCUCAUGCUCCAACGACAGCAGCAUGUCCAUCGCCACGUUCCCGGCCGAGGAGCGCGAGGAUGGCUGGGUAUACCUCAAGCUGCCGCCGGUUCAGGAGAUGGACAAUGUGCUCGGAACAACCAAGUGGACUGUGAAGAAGGACGAAGCCCCGAAUCCGUUUGCAAGCCUGGACAAAAAGCUGGGGUAUGACAAAGGUCUGCGACCGCACAAGACUAUCGGCCCCAUGCCUGGAACCGGAAAUGUGCGAGCUGGGCGCGAGAUUGGGGUGGCCGCGCAAAAGAGAAUUGACUGGUGA